CCAACCAAAACUUUUUUUAAAAAGUUUAUAUCUAGCCAUCAUCAUACAUUUAUUAUUUUCAAGCAUUUUCAUUUAUUCAUUGCAACAGAAAGUCGGUCACCUCAGUAAAAGAAGGUUACACAGAUUAAUGAUUUGUGUACUUCCGGUUCAUCGACAUUGUAAUAAUAAAUAAAUAUAAUAGUAAAUGUAGUUUUCACUUUCAGAUCAAACUAUGCACAACAUUUGAAUUAUUUGAAAGUUGUGCAUGAAUCUCUGUUCUUAAGUGAGACGCCAAUUAAAAUAUUUCAUCAGGGAUCAGGUGAUGAAGCUGGAAACACAUUUAAAAUUCAAAUGCAUCUCUGCACUAACUCACUAAACUUAACAUUAACAGUAACACUUCUUUUUUUUAACAUGUACUUACUACUUACUACAUACAGACAUUGUCUACCUGAUCACUGGAACUUUCUAUCAUUUAUAACUAUAUCUAUGAAUUACAAACUGAAUCAUGGACUGACAGUGACAGACCUACUCAAGGAAAUGGCAAUCGUCAGCAAUUGUAACUAACUGAUUACCGAGUUAAGAGUUAAAAUUAAAACUCAAAAGAGUUAAAAUUACUUCAAGUCAGACUAUAGUAUAGUCAUUUACUCAACUGGUAAAGUCCUGCCCACUUCACUCAUUACUCAAAUUACUGACUAAAGUUUAAGUCUUUAGUAUUUGUUUAAGUUUAGACACUAGAACUGGAGCUAGACUCUUCUGAAAUCAAUUUAGAGACUUGUCUAGUACUAGUAGUAGUUAAUUAGAAUAGUAGAAAAGUACUUGUCGGUCUAGUCUUUACCUGAGAAAUUAUUUAUUUAGUGAAGAAUAUUUACUAGUUUGUUGUGCUGAUAUAUUAUGAUUAUGAAAACUAAAUAUUAUGGUUUAAUAUUGUCAGUAGAAAUCGACCACAACCAUGUAUUAGAGUAUUUAGAGUGCUAAUUCUGAACUUGACUGUGGGUGCACAGAUGGUUGAUGAGACAGAUUCUGGCACCAAAUGUUCUUGUACAGUAAAUGAAUGCAGGGGAAUGAUGGGGGCAUGUCUUUUGUCCACUGCAGCUGCUGUUCUGUUGGCUUUGUGCUGUUUGGAGCCUUUGUGUAAAGAGGAAUGCUGCGAUGCAUGAUCUUUUCCCAAUUCUUCUUACUAUGUCUCUGAAUAAAAACAAUAGCAUUAAACACAUAGAUCUCUUAAAAGCAAAUAAGCACAAACAAAACAAGUAAAUCUUAAUUACUGUUAAUGAAUCCAUAAAAUUUUUACAGAAAAAAUAAAUAUAGCAAAGAGGCUACUGAGCUACGCAAAAAAAAAACUAUUUACAAAUUUGUGCUUUCAAAUGUCAUAUGACCAACCAAAUAUAAACCUAACGUGACUGUUAUACGCAGCCGACGAUGAGGCUUUUAGAUUGUCUCUAAAGCUAAUAAAUAUAAAAGUAUACUAAUAAUAGGCCUUGCAUAAUCUGAAUCAUAAUUAUUAAUUAAAAUAGCCUAUUUAUGAUGAAACAUAAUCAUACUUGUUAUUAUUUUGGUUUUUAAAAUUCAUGAUUGACCAAAUUAGGCAAAGUCUUAAAUUUAUCUAGACCUAUAUUCCAUAAAUAUUGGACAAUAAAAAUGACUUGUCAAUAGCUGUUUUUAAGAAAUAGGGUAAACCCAUUCUUAGUGUAAAAAAUAGACAAUUUCCUUAAGUUAAGGCUGCUGCAGAGAAACAAAGUUCAAUUCUCAGUGUUUCAUUGGGUUGUGAUUUUUUUUUUAUUGCCAGCUUUAAAUUUGUUUUAUCAUAAGCAAGAGAAAUUAAACACCGAAAAGAAGGCCAUUAUAUAAUAUAUAAUGAAAAUUGCUAGGCUUACAUAUGGUUUGGUAAUGAUUUUGGAUCAUAUUAUCAUUAUUAAAUAAUGUGGAUUUAUAUAGGCUAUUACUUUUAUAGGCCUAUUGGAUUAUGAUGAAAUAAAUACAUUAUUCUGAUACAACACAUACACCUUAACUGUUUUUAAAUCCAAAGACAGCAUAGAUAUUUAAUUGUAAUUCUAAAAAUGUUUUUCCGCUAAUAAUGUAGAGAUUGAAAAUAUUUGUCAGUGAAUUUUAUUUUAUUGGGCUGGCAAACCCUUAAAAUACUAUUAUACUUUAAGGUCACCUGAACUCUCUGUCUUGAGUCUGAUAAAUAUCAGACUGAAUUUAAGUUAAAACUGGAUAAAUAAUUUGAUUUGAAAAAUGUUAUUUAUUUUUUAGUAGUCCUUUGAUCUAGGAAAAAUAUUCCAUUUUGAAAUCCAAACUAGCCCUAACCCUGUUUCUUUUUUUUUUUUUUUUUUUUUUUUUUUUUUUUUACAUAUUUCUCUUUGAUCUAGGAAAAAUAUUCCAUUUUGAAAUCCAAACUAGCCCUAACCCUGUUUCUUUUUUUUUUUUUUUUUUAUUUUUUUUAUUACAUAUUUCAGCAUGGAAGAUGAUGGUCCAGCUGACAGUAACACAUCAGAAUUCUAUGACAUAAUAUCCGAUGGGGGACUUGUAGGAACUUCAACGAAUUCAAACAACACAAACAAUGAAAACAGAAGGAACAGUAAGUGCAAAACAGUUUCAAUGAACACUUGCAUCAGUAGUGCUCCCUUCGGAAGUCUUAAUUAUUAUGUUCAUAAUAACAUCAAAGCUCUGUUUAAUAUGUGUAUUUUCUUUUUUUUUUUUUUUUUUCUUUUUUUUUGGACAUUGAAUUUGAAUUAUUGACCACUGAUUUUUUUUGGGGGGAGGGGGGGGGGAGUUAUCUUUAAGUACUACUAAAAAUGAAAAUAUAUGAGUAAUCAAGCCUAAGAAAGUAAUAAUGCUGCUCCAGCUUAACAAUCACAUUUUGAUUGUUUGGUUUUCUUUAAAAUGCCUUACAACUGAGCUCUUAAGUUUUAAAAGCAUAACUUACCUUAGAUUUUAAAAACAUUGAGUAAUAAUUAAAAAUAUAUUUACAUUAUUUCUUUUUCUUCUUGUUUUGCUUCUCAGAUAACUCCCAAGACACAGACGAUAACAAAAAUGUCUAUAUCAUCAUGCAGGUAAUAGGCAUAAGAUAUCAGAGCAUGAAUUGCAACCUUUUGUUGCACAAUAUAAAGCACAAUAAUUUUUUCCUAUACACAUUGCUGCUAUUUGAAAUUGCUAUCUAAGAAUAUCGCUUUUUUAAAACAAAAAGUAUGUCAAAAUGUUUGUAUUUAAUUAAUUAUUUGUUGGAUAAUUAAAUUUAAACAUAUAUCUUGAUAUAUGAGUAAUAUAUGAAAAUCAUUUGUAUGUCCUGUAAGCGAAAGAUUUAUAAUGUGUAUAUGAGUAUAGGAGGAAAAUUUCAUUUAUAAAAAAAAAUAUGUAAAAAAAAAUUAUAAUUAUAUAGUUGUUGAGAAUUCUGAUUUCUUUAUAGAAGUUGCGUGAAUACUUGAUUAGCAGGAUGUAUAAAACUGUCUGCUGUGAGGGUUCAUGAUAAACUGCUGAUUGCUGCUAAAGCUUUUUUUAUAAGAGAAAAGUGCUGCUUCUAAAUACAGAUGAACAUUCAAACGCUAGUUUUUUCUUUGCUAGAUAUCAUGAUAUCAAUAAUGAAAAUCAUAGAAAUAUGUUUGGUCCUUUCCUCAAAGGUUAUUCCAUCUCUGAAAAACCUUCCUUAAUUGUAUCUGAAGGCAAUUAAUAUUUAGUUAUGUUGAUCCAUGGUUAAGUGUAUCAGUUAUGUUUUAAAGAUGUUUGGUGUGUGGAACCUAAUGUUGGGGUGUACCAGGCCCCCCCCCCCCCCAUGAAUCAUUCAUAGCAUUUUCGUUAAGUCAAAAGAAAGUUUUAAUUUGAUUAUUUCAGCCGAGAUAAUCUUAUGUAAAUCUUGUUGGGAGAAUAAACCAAGAUAAUCUUUUGUAAAUAUUGUUGGAAGAAUAAACCAAGAUAAUCUUUUGUAAAUAUUGUUGGAAGAAUAAACCAAGAUAAUCUUAUGUUAAUCUAGCUAUAAGAAUAAACCAAGAUAGUCUUAUGUAAAUCUUGUUUACAGCAACUCAGCUCAAGUAACCCCAACACAGUGUCCAGUCAUGUCAUGACCUUCACCUCAUCAGAUUCAGUUUCCCUCUCAGAAUCUACAACCUUAAUGCCCCCCCCUGCAACUCCAGACAGAAAAAAUUCCCAGGAUGAUUCGGACAGGUAAGAGAAUUCAAUACAAACUUAAAAAGUGACCAACAAAUUGGGUCAACUACAUUCGACAUUUGUACUUGAUUAUUUUUUUAAUGUUGUUUUUACAUUUCAUCAGUCUAAAUAAACAUUAUGUAAUCAAUUAUAAAUCAGAUGACCGAGCCGACAUUGGUGAAGUGUGUCACUGUCGGAUUACGCCGUCAUGUCUUGGAUUUUGUUUAGGUGUGGGAUUGAGUGCAUUUUUUCUGUUGUGUUUUGAUUUUGUAAAUUUGAGUCGGGCAGUACUGGUUGGGGGGGCGGGGUGUAGAAGAAACGUAGUGUAAAGUGCGUCAUUUUGUGUGUAUGAUGCAGUGAGGGUGUAUUUUGGAAUGCAGACAGAUGUUUUGUGAAUUCCAGUUGGGAAAGUAUAAUUUUUUUUGUGUGUUAGAACUGGAAACUGUUUUGUCUCAUACAUUGUGACAAUUGUGACUGUCAAACCUUUGAAGGGAGGAAUUAAAGUAAUCUGAAGUUAUUAUUUUAAGGCUUUGUGUCUUUAUUACUAUGCAUCAGCCUUGUAGAGGCUCAUCAGCCUUGUAGAGGCUCAUCAGCCUUGUAGAGGCUCAUCAGCCUUGUAGAGGCUCAUCAGCCUUGUAGAGGCUCAUCAGCCUUGUAGAGGCUCAUCAGCCUUGUAGAGGCUCAUCAGCCUUGUAGAGGCUCAUCAGCCUUGUAGAGGCUCAUCAGCCUUGUAGAGGUUAGAGAGUAUAUUUCUAGUAGGGGGUCUAACCUCUAGACCAGUGUUUCCCACAUUUUAAGUUUAGCAGACAAGCUUGGAAAAAUGAUCCAGAGACCGGUGCCAGAUUUAUUUAUUAUAUUUUCUUUAUUUGACCUUAAAAAUUCGUGUUGUAAACACACAUGCCGUGUAAGAGUUGCGGGCCCGUGCAACGGACCACCAUUUAGGGAAUGCUGUUCUAGAUAACUUUGCUGUCACAAUGUGAUCAAUUUGCUCUUAGUGGGUGCAUGUACCAAUAUCCAAUCACCAAGGUAAAGAUUGUUUUAAAUAGUCCUUUAGCCCCACAUCUGCUGUUGUUGUCGUGGUAACAGCCUGCUUUUCUGUCCCACCAGUGAAAACACCAUAAGUGCUUGCCUGAUCUGUGGGGACAGGGCCUCCGGGUUCCACUACUCGGUCUACUCUUGCGAGGGCUGCAAGGGCUUCUUCAAGAGGUCGGUGCAGAAGAGUCUGCAGUACGUCUGCAAGGACCAGGGCAUGUGCUUCAUCAAUAAGUUCUCCAGGAACUCCUGCCAGUACUGCCGUUUCCAGAAGUGCCUCAACAUGGGCAUGAGAAGAGAUGGUAAAUGUAGCAGUUUAUUUAAAAGCCUUCAUAGCCUUGCCAUGGAAGUGAUUCCCCUUUUUUAAAAAGAUUGACAGUUCCACAAAGGCUUUAAAACCCAUAGAGCAGUGGUGUGCAAAUGCUGCUCAUGGUCCUGUCAACUGUCAUUUCUGUUGGACCUGCCAGUUUUUAUAAUAUCUGCAAUAUUUUUUUUUAUUAACCUUAUUACUAUCAAGUGCAUUUUUCUCAAGCCAUUUUUCAAGCCUUUAUUUUAAGUUCGCUUUUGUUUGUGGCUGGCAAAAUCUCUGGACGGCUCAGAGAUCCAACUCCCAUCAACCUAUCGAGCUGGAACUUGCCACAUGGACUCGUUCUAUCAAAUAUUCUGCCCCACCCAUAAAAAUCAUUUUUUUUUCUGUUAUUCAACGGGAAGAUGAGGGAAAUAUGAUAACAAUGAUUUCAUGAAAUUAAAUUACAGAUAGCUGCGUUGAAUGGGAUUCUUUAAAAAAAUAUUGUAAAUGCGUUUGGUGCGUAAUAUUUUCUUUUCUUUUUUUAAAAAUAUUUGGUGAAAUAAUUCUGUGGUGUAAAAGGCAGUGGGGCAUUAAAAUAUUAAAAUAACUCAGGGGUGUACAAAAUUGAUUGUUAGCCUUGGGGGGGGGAUGACUAAUUGGAAUUCUUAUAAAGUGCAUUACUUGUUUGCAUCAUUUGUCAAAUUGUCGAAAAAGUCAAAAUCCCAUAUGAAAUUAAUUCAGAGACCCUUACAAGUAUACAUUUUCUGAAAAGUGCAUUGGACAAGGUAUCUUAUGUUAUGAAAAAAAUUUGAUUUUAUAUUGUGUAUGUUUUUUCACCUUGAUUUUUACAGAGUGAAUAAAAUUGUACCACUCAAGUUCUGAAUUCAACCUAAACUAAUACUCCACAAAUUGUUCAUGCUAUUAUAACAUCAACUUUGUAAGAUACUAGAAGCAAUAUUCUUUCAGACGAUGUCAAGUUAUAGUUACUUAUAUUACAACUUGUGAUAUUGGUGAAUUUUUUUUUCAUUCACUACCUUCAAAUUUGUGUCAUACAAAACACAAAGGGGAAGGCACAAAAUGAGUUCAAAAAUUCCUUUUCAAUUGAAGUUAUUAAAUCCAUUUUUGAAGUUAAUUAAUGCUUUAGAACAAGGGUCGGGAACCUUUUUGUCUGAGAGAGCCAUGGACACCUCAUAUUUUGAAAAGUAAUUCUGUGAGAGCCAUACAUUAUGUUUAAAACUAAAAUUCAAGUAAAUGUGUGCAAUAAUUAUGCAAUAAUUAUGUCUCUGAAUUCUUUUUAAUAACAUUGUUAUUCUGUUGCUAAUCAAUAAUGAGUAUUUCUUACCAUUAAUGCGAUUUUUUUAUUAUUUUUUUUUUUUAUUUUUUUUUUAUAAUCGAACAUUUGUCUGUGAGCCAGAUGCAGCCAUCAAUAGAGCCACAUCUGGCUCGUGAGCCAUAGGUUCCCGAUCCCUGCUCUAGAAUAUACAAAAACAUAAACGUCUUUGAACCUCUUUAGGGUAGGUCUUUGGGAUCCAAUCUUUGUCUUUCCUCCUCAUUAUCCUUCCUUUCCCAAAGGAAUUUUUCUGUAACACUAUGACUUAGCUGAGGGCUAAAAUUGUCAAUAUCUGACUCUUGUGCUGCCAUCUCCACUGCAGCUGACACUGUCAUUAAAAGCACAUGAAAUAUCUCUGCAAUCAAAGCUUUGAAACGCACAGAUAGAAAUAUAAAUAGGAAACAAACUCUUUUAUAUAGAGUGAUUUCCCUUAACCAAUAUGUAUAAAAUCAUUUACAUUUUUAAUGACGAUUUUGCCAGCUGCUGAUUUUAUCAGCCAUGACACAACAGAAAAGGGUUUAACGGCCGAUUAUCUGCCGUUAUGACAGUUAUUGGGUUGAACUUACCACUGAAAUUGGAUUGCAUAACAAUUUUUAUUUGUAAAAAAAAAAAAAAGAAAAAGAAAGCCUUUUAAGUGCUGCAAAAUUUUACAUUUUUAAUGACGAUUUUGCCAGCUGCUGAUUUUAUCAGCCAUUACACAACAGAAAAGGGUUUAACGGCCGAUUAUCUGCCGUUAUGACAGUUAUUGGGUUGAACUUACCACUGAAAUUGGAUUGCAUAACAAUUUUUAUUUGUAAAAAAAAAAAAAAGAAGAAGAAAGCCUUUUAUGUGCUGCAAAAUAGUGACAUCCUUCUACUACAUAUACAUAAUCAUAAUGGUAAAUAAAAAUUGAUUAUAUUAAAUUUUGUGUCCCUAAAAAGUGUGUUUUGGCUUUGUAAAAAAUAGUUUAAUCUAUACAUUUCAAAUGUUCCAUUUCACAGCAUUAAAAUUUCUUAUAUGAUCCCAACAAAUACUUUAAACCUGUAGCUUAUCAUUUACUCACAUAUUCACCUUCAGAUAAUCUCUUUUGGUUAAUUCCUGCUUAUUUAUCUACUUCAAAAGGCAUUCAAGAUAAUUGUUUAUAAAAACUGAGUUCCCAACUUGCCAUCUUUCUUAAAGUUAAUAUGCUACGGUUUUUGUUGUAUCAUACAGUCUAUGUUCAAUUUUUUAUUGCUAAGAUUAAAAACAAAAAGACAAGUGCCUAAACUAGGUGGAGCAAGGUAAUGUCAGCACUACCUAUAUAUGGAGUAGGUGGAAGUAGGUAUCAUCAUCACAUACCUAUAUUUUCAAAACCAAGAAUUUUUUUUUACUACCGUAUUGCUUUAUGCUCUGAACAGCUGUUCGAGAAGACCGUUCCCCGGGUGGUAAACACAGACACAAGCGGCCCAGGAUUGACGACCCAGCCUCCUGCGGGAUGUCCAGCCCGGGUGCACAAGUCUUGCAGACAGUGACGAUAAAGACAGACAUCCCAGUUAUAGACGACCCUCUCCGAGAGAGCCUCCUGGCAGCAAAACCCCACCUUUACCCAAAAGCCGAAAGUAAGUUGAAUUGAACCCAACUAUUCAACCAAAAGCCGAAAUUAAACUGAAUUAAACCCAACCUUUUCCCCCAAAAGCCGAAAACCAAAUCUCAUGAAGCAUUGAUGGCUGAUCCUUCAAUGUAUCAUGCUGGUAGUACUUGGAUGUAGAAUAUUUCAUUUGAUUUCUUAUUCAGCAGCUCACAAAGAACACGUUGCCCCAUUUUGCACUGGACUUGUAGAUAUAUGCCCCCUUGAAGUUAAGCCAUGCUCAUCCAACAAUUUAAUCUCAAUCAAGAUGAUUGCAAUGAUGGAUUUUGUACAUUUUUUGGUUUCCAUAACUUUACUGCAAACUUUUCUUGUCUUCAAAGACUUUCUUUUACACUAAAUUUUUUCAGACUCCAUAGACAAGAUUGAAAACAUCUCCGUCAGUGAGCUGAUGCAUUAUGGGUAUCUAGAACUGCGUUAUAUCAUUGAAUGGGCAAAGAAAGUUCCCGGUAAGCUGGCACGGUAAAAAUGUAUUGUAGCUUUAAUGUUCAGAACUUUUGGAAAUAUAAUCUUUCUAAUUGGUAAAUUUAAUCACUGAAAAGAUCGCUGAGAUUGUCUUUGUGUGAGUUUCACGAGUCUUUAUUGAAUUGUUUCCCCACGAGGAGGCUAUGCAUGCAUUACAAAAGUGAUAACUCGACUCGGUUCAGUUGCUCUUUUGCUGCUUCGAAACUCAAAUUACAUCCUGAGUCGAAAUGGACCAUUCGCGCCCAUUCGGAUGUCAUGUGUGGUAGUUUAUUUUAGUUAAACUGAAAAAGUAAGUUUACAGGUAGUCCAUUCAAUUAUCUUUCAUUUGAUACCUCAUUUAGUCUUACAAACCCAACAAUAAUAUUUUAGAAAGAUUUUUAAUCCCAACCUCUCACUUCUGAUACCCGGGUACGAAUAGUCGCAGCCUUAAACGAAUGAGCCCGCCAACUCCCAUCCAUGCUAUGUUAAACAUUUUGUACAUAUCUGAAACCUAGAGAUUUUUUAUAACACAAAAAAUCUAUCUGGAGACCUGUUGUUUUUGUUACUUCAAACUACAAAAAAAAAAAAAAAAAACUAAUAAUAAUUAUUUUCCAUUUAAUUUAAUUUUAAGUAUCCCAUCCAUGCUAUGUUAAAAAUUUUGUACAUAUCUGAAACCUAGAGAUUUUUUAUAACACAAAAAAUCUAUCUGGAGACCUGUUUUUUUUGUUACUUCAAACUACAAAAAAAAAAAAAAAAAACUAAUAAUAAUUAUUUUCCAUUUAAGUUCAUUUUAGGUACAUUCAGUCACCUUAACAUCACUUCAUUCAGUUUAAAAGUUUCUGUUCCCAAUAAAAAAUGUUUUUUUCAAUUUUUAAAAACUUUUCACCCUGUUGUUGCUAGUGCAGGAGGUGGUGGUUAGCUAAGUCUAUAACAUAAACAGCUGUCACUGCCACACCAAGGCAUCAUUAGCGCACUCCAAUGGAUUACCAUCCAUAAAUGUGUAUGUGUUCAUUAAUUAUCUUUAUUUACUACUGUGCUCGCUAUUAUCACACACUUUAGUAUGGCACAAACUCAUCACACCACCUCUUCCAACAUGGCUGCCUAGACUCGUCUGUUACAUCCAUAUCUCUGUUGCCUCCCCUGAUUCUGCAUAACAUCAAAUUAGCCUGCGCAAAGUCAUACUGUUACAGUAGGAAGCCAUCAGUUCAUUUGACUGCUCCUGCUAUGGAAGGCACAACUAACAAGUUUUCAAUUUUCUCUCGAUGCCCCUUGUUUAGGCUUUGCUGACCUUGAAUUCCCUGACCAAAUGGCCUUACUUAAAUCUUCUUUUAUGGAACUCAACGUUUUGAGACUGUCAUUCCGGUAAGUUCGUUUCUCAGCAAACAUUUGCGAUACUUUUAAAGAAAUGUCAUUCUGGUAAGUUCAUUUCUCUGCAAAACAUUUGCAAUACCUUUAAAACUUGAAAUCGGUUCCAUUUUUCAGUAGGACAUACCGCUUACCGGUGCAUUCCAAACUUUUCUUAUCGGGGACACUUUUUUUUUUAUAGGACACCCACCCUUUCUCUACACAGUAAGUCUGUUCCACCAGUGUAGCCAUCGUUGAGCUAACCCUUGUUGAGACAAAUAUGGCACAAACAUAAAGUGUCAUAGCGCAAUGUAUGAUGACCAAACGUGCCUCAUAAAAACCUUUCAUUUAUAUUUCGGGUGUAAUCUUGAGGUGCAAAGCCACCAGCUAAAUCACCAUGUUCGUGCACAAGCAAAAUCACCGUGUUUGUGCACAAGCUAAGUCGCCACAUUGGUGCACAAGCAAAAUCACCAUGUUUGUGAAUCAUUUUAACAGAUUCAAUUCAUUUGUUAUUUCGGCUUAGUAUUCUGCUCCAGAAAGUUCAAAGUUCAUCACCCAGUUUAAAAAUAACUUCCUCAUCCAAUCACAGCAGUGAGUUUUAGGAUCUAGGAAUUUAUGUCGUGGGGUCUCUUGGAACAUUUUGAAAUGGUCCACAAAUAAGAUAAGACAAGAUGGGAUGGGAUUCUUUAUUGAACCAAAUAAAUGGAAAUAUUUUUUUAUUGCAUUGUCAGACCUGUUUGCUCUAACGAUUUUGAUGUACAAUGUACGAUUUUGAGGUGUAUACAUUAUAUAUAGUGUAUGUUUAUGUUUUUACUAUUAAGAUAAUGUAUUGAACGAUUUUGUGAUGAUAUUGCAUGAUUUUAAGAGUUUGAGGGUAAACAGGUCUGCAUUGUACAUAUUAAUUUUAAGCACAUAAAUAAAUAUAUAUUACUCGGUUCACUUCACAUUUCCAAAUUUACUCGCUUCACUUCACAUUUCCAAAUUGACUCGGUUCACUUCACAUUUCCAAAUUUACUCGGUUCACUUCACAUUUCCAAAUUUACUCGGUUCACUUCACAUUUCCAAAUUUACUAGGUUCACUUCACAUUUCCAAAUUUACUCGGAUCACUUCACAUUUCCAAAUUUACUCGGUUCACCUCACAUUUCCAAAUUUUCACAGUUCACUUCACAUUACCAAAUUUACACAGUUCACUUCACAUUACCAAAUCACCUAUCACCUAUCACGUCUCCCGAUUCUCUAGCACAAAUUUGAUAUACUGCUGUUAUUUUCUGGUGCGCAGGGGUUAGUGUGUCUUAUUUUUUUUAUAACCCCCGCACCAUGUAAGAGGCACGCUGCUGCUGUUGUACCCCACAGUUUGGAAAGCUCUGCCGUUAACUUUAACCGUAAUAUAAUUUACUUUUUAAUAGUUCAAUGAAUAUCCCGGAUGGCUCGUUUAUGGUUGCUUAUGGGUGCGUAGUCGAGAGGGUUGGUAUUGAGAAUGUCAUCGGCCGGUAGGAAUUAUCUUGGGAAAUGUGCAUUUUAUCACUUGGAAGUUGUUUAGUUAAUUAAUGAAGAAUCUUUUCUUUUUUUUUUCUUUUUUGGUUGAAAUAUGUACUAUUGACAUAAAAUCUAAUUACAUUUUUUUAAUCAAUGGGAUUUGCAUAACUUUUAUGAAAACCUAUUUUGAUCAUGUUGAAUCAAAAUCCCAUGUGACAUGCAUCUGCCAUUCGUACACACCCUACAUGCAUCUGCCAUUCAUACACACCCUACAUGCAUCUGCCAUUCGUACAUACCCUACAUGCAUCUGCCAUUUGUACACACCCUACAGAUCCAUGGAUCUGGAUGAUAAGAUCAAGUUCUGUGAAGACAUCAUCCUGCCCUUGGAACACUGUGAGACGAUGGGGUGGGGCCGGGAGCUGGUGGAUGGCACAAUAGACUUUGCUCAACGCCUCAAGGACAUCAACCUUGACUUGACAGAGUUCUGCAUCCUCAACGGCAUCGUUUUAAUGUACCCAGGUCAGUAGGUCACUCGGUGGCAUGUUUUAAUGCACCCAGGGCAGUAGGUCACUCGGUGGCAUGUUUUAAUGCACACAGGUCAGUAGGUCACUCAAUGGCAUGUUUUAAUGUACACAGGCCAGUUGGUCACUCGGUGGCAUGUUUUAAUGUACCCAAGGCAGUAGGUCACUCAGUAGCAUGUUUUAAUGUACACAGGUCAGUAGGUCACUUAAUGGCAUAUUUUAAUGUACACAGGCCAGUAGGUCACUCAAUGGGUUGUUUUAAUGUACCCAAGUCAGUAGUUCUUUCAGGGACAUGUUGUAAUGGACUCAAGGUCAGUAGGUCACUCAAUGACAUGUUUUUAUGUACCCAGAUCAGUAGGUCACUCAAUGGCAUGUUUUAAUGUACCCAGGUCAGUUUUAAUAUACCCCAGGCAGUUGGUCACUCAAUUGCUGAUUUUAAUGUACCCAGAUAAGUAGCUCACUCAAUGGCUUGUCUUAAUGUACCCAGAUAAGUAGGUCACUCAGUGACAUGUUUUUAUGUACCCAGAUAAGAAGGUCACUCAAUGGCAUGUUUUAAUGUACCCAGGGCAGUAGGUCACUCAGUAGCAUUUUUUAAUGUACCCAGGGCAGUAGGUCACUCAGUAUAAUUUUUAAUGUACCCAGGUCAGUUGGUCACUCAAUGGCAUGUUUUAAUGUACCAAGCUAAGUAGCUCACUCAAUUGCAUGUCUUAAUGUACCCAGAUAAGUAGGUCACUCAAUGGCAUGUUUUAAUGAACCCAGGUCGGUAGGUCACUCAGGGGCAUGUUUUAUUGUACCCAGGGCAGUUGGUCACUCAGUGGCAUGUUUUAAUGUACCCUGUUCAGUUGGUCACUCAAUGACGUUUUAUGACCUGGAUUAUAUUUUUAAUUUUAUCAUAUGCAUUUAAAGACUUUAUCCUAAAUAGGGUUCCAUGGCCCUCAUCCAUAGAGCAAUAUAGGACAAGAACCUGUGCCCUAGACUAAAGAUCCAUGGUUAAUGCAAACUUAGUUUCAUAAAAUAAUAUAAAGAAAGCAAUAUCAUUGUAUAAAUGUGUUUUGCCUUUUUUUUUAAAAAUAUAUGUUCUUCCACUUGACUUACUUUGUUGAGCAUUGCAGUCAGUGUCUAUAACGACUGUUUAUCUUUUAUUGCAAUAGAUGCCCAUGGGAUUGAAGACAAACUCCGAAUAGCCGAGCUGCAGUCUAAAAUUCUGGACUGCCUGAGACGCCACAUUGUCCGCCAGUACCCCCUGGACAUGAAAAGAUUCGGCAAGAUCCUGCUGCGCCUCCCUGCCCUGAGGAUCAUCAGCGCCAAGGCCGCCGAAAGGUUUUUGUCCCUCACAUUCGAUGGCUCGAUCCAGCUGAACGAACUCGUUUUAGAAAUGAUGAACUGAUUCGCGAGAAAGUAUUUGAUCGCAUCACAGCGCGAAGCCCACAUUGGACCACAGCAGCCCACAUCGGACCACAGCAGCCCAAAACAGCCUGUGCAUGGGAAAUCUCAUUCAGUUGUUUGUGUAUAUAUUGGAAGUAACUGGGUGGAGAAAAAAAAUAAUGUUACACGUUUUUAAAUAUUUUUUAAAUUUCUCUCUUUUUUGUUGCUAUGAAAGAUCUUUUGCUUUCUGAAACCUUAUUUUAAAAUCAUUUUUGUGUAACAUGGCGUGCACAGUGUUGCAUUGUGUACAAUGUUGCGUUUAGUACUGUGAAGCAUAAUUUGCAUAUUUUUUUUACACUGCUAACACGUUGAUCUUGUACCAGGAUGCGUAGCAUUUUACAUUGUAUUCCGUGUACCCUAAUGUGCAUUUUUUUUUACCGCAUAACGUUAUGACUGUGUGCGCCAGUGUCAGAUUGGGCAAAGCCUUGGCCCAUCUGUUUAUAUGUGUUUGCAAAAUUUUAAUAAAUGCCCAGUUUGUCAAAUGUUACCAAUGAAAAACUUUGAUUUAUAAUUAAUAAUAAACAUGUUUAUGAUAUGAUAAAAAAUUUCUUUAAAACGUUAUUUCAUUUAUUUUUUUUAAACACAACCGUAUCAUUCAUUAAUUUGUAAAAAAAAAAAUCUCCAUGUUAUAAUUAUAAAUAUCAUAGCCCAUUGGUUGGUCCAACACUACAGAUUUAUGUGUUACGGUCCAACACUACAGAUUUAUGUGUUACGGUCCAACACUACAGAUUUAUGUGUUACGGUCCAGUACUACAGAUUUAUGUGUUACGGCCCAACACUACGGAUAUAUGUGCUACGGUCCAACACUACAGAUUUAUGUGUUACGGCCCAACACUACAGAUUUAUGUGUUACGGUCCAACACUACAGAUUUGUGUGCUACGGUCCAACA